GCUGAUGAGUAUGUCUUCUGAGGCUAUAGACCAGCUGAAGGGAUGUGCCAUGGAGCUGCAGCACAUGAAACAACCCAAAGACAACAUCAUCAAGAGCAUACAGCAUCUCCAGAACAUGCAGAGUGGGAUCACCUCCUCCAUCAGUGGCUCGACCCAGAGGAAGAGCAGGGGCAGCAUUGGCUGGGAGGAGAGGGGGAGGACCUACACUGAUGCCAUGUCUUGGAUCGGCCAACAGAAGCGUCUGAUCGAGACGUCUCCGUGGGGUGAGGACGCAGCCACCAUCGAGCAACAGAUUCUGAGCCAGAACAAGUUCCACAGCUCUAUACAGAGGAGCCAAGAGGUGGAACGCGCCAGAGAUGAGCUGGCCCAAAAUGAUGACAAGGGUGGCCUCCAUUCCCUGCAGCAAGAAUGGGACAGUCUUCAGAAAAUGUCAUUUGCUCGUACGGGCCAGCUGAGAGAGCUGCAGAACAUCAUCGACGAGAUCUCCAGGGCCAUCAUGUGGGUCAACGAGAGAGAGGAGGAGGAGCUGGUGUUCAACUGGGGAGACAAUAACAUUGAUGUCUACAUCCCCAAGAAACAGGAAAGCUACUCCAAACUGAUGAGUGCCCUGGAGGUAAAGGAGAAGGAGCUAAACAAACUGAAGCAAAAAGUCGAUGGCCUCCUGAAGAACAAUCACCCAGCCUCAGACAAGAUCGAGGCCUACAUGGACACUCUGCAGACCCAGUGGAGUUGGCUCCUCCAGAUCACCAAGUGUAUUCAUGUCCACCUGAAGGAGAACGCUGCCUACAGUCAGUUCUUCAAGGAGGCCAAUGAGACCUACAGCAAGCUACAGAAGGAACAUGAGAACAUCCGUAAGAAGUUCACCUGUGAUAAAGGAACAUCUCUGGAGAACCUCACUGAGCUCCUCAAGAACCUUGAGAGAGAGAAGGAGACGAUCAUGGAGAAUAAGAGGCAGGUCAAAAACCUGGUCAACAAGUCCAAGAGCAUCGUGAGGCUGAGACCACGUAACCCUGAGGAGAAGAGUAGUAGUCCUAGUCCUGUUAUAGUACAGGCCCUGUGUGACUUCAAGCAAGACCAGAAAGGGAUCUUCAAGGGGGACGAGGGCAUCCUGACGGACAACACCCAGCGCAGUAAGUGGCACGUGACGGGUCCUGGAGGUCUGGACAUGCUGAUCCCAUCUGUGUGCCUCCUCAUCCCCCCUCCCAACCCCCUCAGCAUCGGACUGGCCAACAAGAAUGAGCAGUACUACGAGGCCAUCAUGGGCAUCUGGAAUCAGCUCUACAUCAACAUCAAGAGCCUCAUCUCCUGGCAGUACUGUGUUAAAGACAUCAACCACAUUAACUCUCUCACCCUCACCAUGCUGUCCCAGUUGCGUCCUGAGGAGUACCGGAACAUCAUAAAGAGUCUGGAGACUCACUACCAGGAGUUCCUCCGUAACAGCCAUGGUUCCGAGAUGUUUGGAGAGGAUGAGAAGAAGAAGAUGGAGGGCCAGUAUGCUGGAGCCCAGACCCACUACGACACACUGGUCAUAGGGCUGCCUACAUACAAUCAAUCCAAAGUGGAGGUGGUCAAGCAGGAGGUGGUCAAGCAGGUGGUCCAGCAUGAGCCGCCCAUUAAGGCGGAGACGACCAAUACCUUGCAGGGCUCUACCCUCAGCCUGACCCUGCUUAGUGACCUCCACGCCCUCAGACGCAGGCUGGAGCUGGCCGAGUCCGGCCUUAGCCACCACCUCCAUGUGCCCCUGGGGGAGAACAGUGUGCAGGAGUGCUCACAGCGUCUCCUAAAGCUGGAGGGCAUACACCAUGAUCUGGACGGGGUGCGUGAUGAGUACCUGAGGCUAAGGGAGAGGGUCCUCAGGCAGCUGGAAGGGACAGCAGCAGACUCAGAGCAGGCCAAGUUCCUCAAGAAAGAGCUGGACCUGCUCAACCAGAAACUGGGAGAUCUGCAGGGACUAUCCUCUGCCUACCUCCAGAGACUGUCAUAUCUGCGGAACUUGCUCCAGAGCCUCCUCCAGGCUGAGGAUGUCAUCAAGGUCCACGAGGCCCGUCUGACUGAGAAGGAGACCACCUCCCUGGAUCUCAACGAGGUGGAGCACUACAGAUCCACCCUCAAGCAAAUGAAGUCUGAACUGGAACAUAAGAGAGACUUGCUGAAGGCCAUGGAGAGUGACCUGGUCAAUGCAGUGCACGUGAACAGUCAGAUCUCAGCCUCUUUCCACAAGUGUGAUGUGGACCUGUCCAAGUACGCUGACCUGGUGGGUCAGAUGUCUGACCGCUGGCGACGCAUCCAGACCCAGAUUGACAGCAGAGUGUGGGACCUGGAGAAGCAGGAGAAACAGCUAAGACAUUUCCAGCAGAGCAGUGGAGUGGUAGACCAGUGGAUAGACAAUGCUAAACAGCGCCAGGACACCCUGCAGGCAGCCAAGUUCAGCGACAUCCAGGCUGUCAUGGAGCACCUCAACCAACAGAAGGUGCUGCACAGUGAGAUCAAAGGAAAGAAGGAGAAGGUGGAGGAUGUACAGAAGGAUGCGGACACCUGCGCUGCCUCCAUCAAGGACUAUGAGCUGCAGCUGGCCUCCUACAGUGCUGGACUGGAGACCCUGCUGAACAUCCCCAUUAAGAGAACCAUGCUCCAGUCCCCUGCCACUGUGGUCAGAGAAGAGGCAACUGGCCUCCAGUCUCGCUACAUAGAGCUCCUGACCCGCUCCAGUGACUAUUACAAGUUCCUGGGGGAGAUGUUGAAAAACAUGGAGGAACUGAAGAUAAGGAACACCAAGAUCGAGCUUCUGCAGGAGGAGCUGAGGCGUCUGAAGGAUAACAUCCAGGACCGCAGCGAGAAGAACCGUUCCUUAGAGGAUGCCCUGUCCAGCUAUAAACUAGAGCUCUCACAGUCUAAAGAACAGCUCAUCUCCAUGGAGGAGGUGAAGAGGACCACAGCCAUGCAGGCCAGCGUGGCCAGGGAGAGCCUGGACACCACCAGCAGCCAGCUGACUGAGCUCAGUGACAAGCUGGCCCGCCUCACCUACCAGCUGGAUGAGGAGAAGAGGAAGAGGAGGCUGGCCGAGGAGCGCUAUACGAGCCAGCAGGAAGAGUACGAGGCAGCCGUGCGCCGGCGCCAGAAGGAGCUGGACGAGGUCAACUGGUCCAAGAUUGACCUGGAGAAAGCGGUGAAGGACAAGGAGCGUGAGCUGGAGAGGCUCAGGAUGCAGCUGGAAGAGGAGGCCACGAGGAGGCGCGGGGCGGAGCAGGAUAUCUCUAAGACCUCCAUGAUGGUGCAGCAGUCUCAGAACCACUACACUGAGAUCCUGUCUGAGAGGGACACCCUUCUGAUCAAGUUGAAGCAGCUGGAACAGGACAAGACCCGCCAGGGUCGCUACGAAGAGGAACUGAACCGCGUCAAGGUCUCCCUUGAGACUGAGCUCCGCAACAAACAGCGUCUCCAGGAAGAAAGAGACAAGAUCCACAAGGACUUUACAUACUGGAAGAGCCAGUAUGAACUGAAGGAGGGGCAGAUGAGGCAAUGUGACUCAGACAAGGACAAGAUGGAGAGGGAGAGGCUCUCCCUGAAGAGCGAUUUGGAGCGAAUGAUGGUGGAGCUGAGGACUGUGGAGGAGAGGUAUAAGGGCAGGCUGCAAAGCUCACAGAAGGAAGUGUCGGAUCUGGCCCUGAAGAGAGAUUCCCUGGAAAGGGAGCUGAGGAGGCUGCAGCAGAGGCCUGACUCCAUGAGCAUCCAAACCCAGACGGACGAGAAAGUGGUCACUGUGGAUCCGUCCAAACUGGUGUUUGAUGGGGUUCGCCGAAAGGUCACCGCCCACCAGCUGUGUGAUUGCGGCAUCAUCAGCAAGGCCACCCUGGAGCAGCUGCUGAAGGGAAAGAGGACCGUGGAGGAUGUGGCAUUGGACAUCCAGCUCAGCCUCAAGGGAACAGGUGUCAUUGCAGGGAUGGUCAGAGGCCCCCAGGGCAGGAUGUCCAUCACUGAAGCCAAGACCAAGAACCUGCUCAGCCAAGAGAGCGCCAUCAUGCUACUGGAGGCCCAAGCUGCCACCGGCCACAUCAUGGACCCCAAAUUCAACGAGAAGAUGUCAGUUGAUGCUGCCUGCUCCAGAGGGGUGGUGGACACAGACGAUAGAGACACCCUGAUGACAGCUGAAGCAGCCGGCACAGGCUUCAAAGACCCAUACACCGGAAAGCUGCUGUCCAUCGGACAGGCUCUAAAGCAAAACCGUCUGGACAAGAAGACAGCCCUCCGUUUGCUGCAGGCUCAGGAGUCCGUUGGCGGCAUCCUGGACCCCGUUCUGAGUGUGUUCCUGCCCAAAGACCUUGCGCUUGAUCGCAACCUGAUCGACGAAGACCUCUACAGGGCUCUGAACAAGAAACCUGCCUGCUAUCUGGACCCAAUCACUGAGGAGGAGAUCAGCUACAGUGAUCUGAGGCUGAAGUGUAGGAUGGAGCCCGCCUCUGGCCUGCUGCUCCUUCCAGUUCCAGAGAAGCCCAUGACCGUGCAGGGUCUCAGGGGAGAGGUGUCCGUCACAGAGCUGAUCAACUCCAACCUGCUGUCUGAGACCGAUGUGCAAAAGCUGAACCAGGGAAAGCUCAGCAGCAAGGAAAUUGAGGACAAGCUCAAGAACUACCUGCAUGGUUCUACCUGUAUUGCGGGGAUCUAUGAUGAGGCAAACAACAGGAUUAUGACCAUCUACCAGGCCAUGAAGGAAGGUCUGCUCAGACGAGGAACCACCCUGGAACUUCUGGAAGCCCAGGCUGCCUCCGGCUUUGUGAUCGACCCUAUCAACAAUGUCUGCAUGAAUGUGGAGGAGGCCUGGAAGAGAGGCCUUGUGGGCAAAGAGUUCAAGGACAAGCUGAUGUCUGCAGAGAAAGCAGUCACUGGAUACAAAGACCCCCACACUGGCAACAUCAUCUCCCUCUUCCAAGCCAUCGAGAAGGAACUGAUUGAGAAGGGCCAUGGGAUCAGGCUUCUAGAGGCUCAGAUCGCCAGUGGUGGCAUCAUCGACCCCAAGGAGAGCCACCGUAUCGAUGUAGACAUUGCCUACAAGAGGGGCUACUUUGACGAGGAAAUGAAUGAGAUCCUGACCUACGAAGGAGACGACACCAAGGGCUUCUUUGACCCCAACACCCAGGAGAACCUGACCUAUCUGCAGCUGAAGGAGAGGUGUAUCACCGACCCCAAGACUGGUCUGGUUCUUCUGCCUUUGAGGGACAAGACCAAUCCUCAGCAGAUUGGUCAGCAGAGCAGCCAGAAGAACAUCAUCCGUAAGAGGAGGGUAGUGAUCGUAGACCCUGACACUGGAAAAGAGAUGACCGUGAGGGAAGCCUACCAUAAGGAGCUCAUCGACUACGACACCUUUCUGGAUCUCUCAGAGCAGGAGUGUGAGUGGGAGGAGAUCACCAUCAGAGCUUCUGAUGGUUCAGCCCGUAUGGUGGUGGUGGACAGGAAGACAGGCACACAGUAUGACAUCCAGGACUCCCUGGACCGCGGCAUCAUCGACCAGACCUCCCUAGAUCAGUAUCGUUUAGGAACCCUGACUCUGACCCAGUUCGCAGACCUCAUCACCAGCAAGAGCAGCCUGAGCGAGCUGUCAAUCACCGCCAGCAACAUGGAGGAUGUGGCCACCUGCAGCAGUCCCACCCAGGCCUGCCCUUCUUCCCCCACCGUACGCAAGCGCUUCAACAGCAUAUCCAUCACCUUCUCCCCAACAGAUGAGUUUGAUGAAGGGAGCCCCAUAGCGGCCAUCUUUGACAUGGAGACAAUGGAGAAGAUCACCAUCCCGGAGGCUCUACGGAGAGGCAUAGUUGAUGCCAUUACAGCUCAGAAGCUUUUGGAGGCCCAGGCCUGUACUGGAGGCAUCAUCAACCCCACCAAUGGCCAGCGGCUUAACCUGCAGGAUGCCGUCCACCAAGGUCUCAUCGAUGAUGACAUGGCCACCAAGCUGAAGCCAGCCCAGAAAGCCUUCAUGGGCUUCGAGGAUGUGAAGACUAAGAGGAAGAUGUCUGUGGUCGAGGCCAUGAAGGAGAAAUGGCUGCCCUACGAGGCUGGCACGAGGUUCAUGGAAUUCCAGUAUCUGACAGGAGGGCUUUUAGAACCCGGCAAGGGACAGAAAACCAGCAUUGAGGCGGCCAUCCGGAGGGGCUGGCUGGAUGGGAGAGGAGCACAGAAGCUUCAGGACACAAGGAGCCAUACCAAGAACCUGACCUGCCCCAAAACCAAGCUGAAGAUCUCCUACAAGGAGGCCAUGGACAGCUGCAUGGUGGAGGAAGGCAAUGGCAUGAAGAUGCUCCAGGCUUCCUCCAUGUCCAGCAAGGGCAUUAGCAGCCCUUACAACGUGUCCAACCCAGGCUCCCGUUCGGGCUCCAGGGCUGGCUCACUGGCCACCUCUCGUACCGGGUCCAGGAGUGGCUCCCGCAGGGGCAGUGUGGAUUACUCCUCCAGCUACAGCACCUUCACCACUUCUGCCUCCAACACCUUAAGCGUCAACUCAAAGUUCUAAUAUUAAAACACACAUAUAGGGAAAGAGGGUGUGGAGUAGAGUUGUUUUUGGGUCUGAAAAUUAAAGCCUGGUCUUACCCAAGCCCAAUGAGCUGAAGCACGAGCUCAGGCCCGGUCCGACAUCAUAGAAAUGAUAUGAACCCAAACCCCCCAAAAAAGCUAGAUUUCUAGAAGACAUCAUAUUGAUUUAAACUGGUGUUGAGAACGAUGCGGCGGAAACGGUAGGCAGCGGAGUGAGGAGACGAGGAAACAGCCCUUGUCUUAUAAAAGCGAGGAGAGAGGAAAACUCACCUUUGGCCUAGUUAUGAUCAACUGAAUUCCAAAAAUAUUGGAAUUAAGUAGGCUAUAGGCUAAUGCAAUUGAAGGCUUGUAUCACAUUUUUGCUUAUGGAAACUCCAAAAGUCAUAUCCAACCGUUAGCCUAUAAUACAUUUAAAGCAAUAGCCAUGGGUGGUCAACUUGAUGAUAUUUUCAGCACCGUUUGGAUUGGGACAGUGCCUUCGCGUUGCUUUGAGACAAGCGUAGGGAUUUGUUUUCACUGAAUCUCCGUUUGGAUAUUUGUUUACAAUUAGGCUGGGAAAAUGUUAGCUAAAUUGAGGUGAGUGCUCAUGCAUGUUAUAUAGCUUAACAAGUGGAUUUUGCUUUUCACUCCCGUAGUAACCUAAACCCUGUGACUUGUCUGAUAAUCAAUCAAUGUUAUUUUGUUUCACUGAAUCUGUAUAAUUGGUUGAUCUCUGGCUGGGCAAAUAAGUGGAGGUGGUAGCUCAUUUAUUUGUUUGCUCAUCUGUCACUGAUCAGCAACAUUUUGCAUGCAAUAAUGUAGCCUAAAUCAAGUUCAUAUUUUGCACUUGACUCUUGUAUAGGCAACUCCAAAAGCCUGCAGAGGUUAUGAAAUAUGAACACGAGACUCACAUGCUUUUGAAAAUAUUGAUUGCUAUUAUUUUCUAUUGGUAUCAUGAUGAAUAAAGUGUUAUUAUUAUUAUUAUCAUCCUUAUCAGGCCUGGUAGGCUAUAGUAAACGUAUAUAGUCUAUUCACCAUCGAGAUGAGAGCACGUCCUGUUUUAGCUGCUUUAGCGCAAUUUACAUCAAUAUAUAAUCUCAGUCAUUCAUUCAUGUCAUUACACAGCAUACAAGUCAUUCAUGGCCUUAAAUACAAUCAGGCAUUUUAUUUUGAAAAUGAAGUAACAAAGGGAGCCUUGAAUAAUUAAAAAAAAAAUCUAGAAAUUAAACCAUUUUUAAUCUAACACCUGUUUGGCACACAAAUACGCAUGCAGCGCUCGGUCCUACCCUCCUAGUUCGUCAUCAUUAUAAAACGUAAGCCUAGUAGAGGGAGGGGGAGAGAUUUUUAGAGAGAGAGCAGUAGGAGAAGCCAAGGUGCGCUAGUAGUCACGAAGACACGCACGGUCCCAAAAACUUUUUUACACAGUGCGGCAAGUCCGAACCCCGUCCGGCCUGAAUAAAUUCUCAGAACUUCAUGUCCGGCGGUCGGGUUUGGGCUGAAAAUGACAACUCUAGUGUGGGGUAGAUGUGAUGUGGCACAUUUGUUAUGGUUGAGAGGGAAAGUGGGUUAGAUGGGGUAGAAUUUGUGAUGUGGUAUAUCUUUCAUUGAUUGAUUGUGUUUAGUUUAUGUUUUGUGCUGUUAGCUAAAUCUGGUUUGGGGGUAUAAAGGUUGAACAUAUUCAACUAUUUCAUGGAUAACAGUUUGUUAAAAUGAAAUCUAAAAUCCAUGUAAAUGUUUAGAUUUUUUUUAACUUGAAAAUAAAUGUAGUAUUGAAAUAUAUAACGUUUUACCAAAUGUUUUGUUGUUAUGUAAAGGGAAUAUCUUACUGCUUCAAUGUCCUUGACUCACAGCAUCUAUUCUACAAUGUCUACAAUAUUAAUUUAUCUGACUUAUUUUGCUUUAAUAUCACUCAAUCACUGGCAAACAUUUGCUGAUCUGAUUUUGGUUUUCAAGCAAUCCUUUGAAGUAACAAUGAAUGUACUUGACAAUGACUUACGCCUUACAACACAAUGUCCAAUGGUACUGAAUUACAAAACAAGUAAUAAACCAUUAUGAAUUUACCCGUUGAAUAGAUUUUAUGUAAUGAUAUAUUUUGUAUUCCAAACAAUUGAAAAAUAAAAGUUAAU